CUCGGAGAGUGGGAGACGCGUUCGGGAUGCGGGAUCAGAGGGUGGUCAGAUUGGCGCUGCUGCAGCAGCUUCGUGCCGUCUAUGGCAUUAAGGUCAAGGGUGGCCGCGGGCAGUGUGACCGCAGGAGACACGAAACUGCAGCCACGGAAAUAAGGGGUAAGGUAUUUGGAGUUCCUUUUAAUUCACUGCCUCAUUCAGUUGUUCCAGAAUAUGGACACAUUCCAAGCUUUCUUGUUGAUGCAUGUACAUCUUUAGAAGAGCAUAUUCACACAGAAGGGCUUUUUAGGAAGUCGGGAUCUGUAACUCGUUUAAAGGCAUUAAAGAGUAAGCUGGACCAUGGUGAAGCCUGCCUGUCUUCUGCACUUCCAUGUGAUGUGGCAGGUCUGCUGAAACAGUUCUUCAGGGAGCUGCCAGAGCCAGUCCUCCCAGCUUAUCUGCAUGAAGCACUGUUCAAAGCGCAACAGUUAGGGGCCGAGGAGAAGAAUAAAGCUACAUUGUUGCUGUCCUGUCUGGUGGCAGACCCUAUAGUUGAUGUAUUAAGAUACUUCUUUAACUUUCUCAAGAAUGUUUCUCUUAGGGCAAGUGAGAAUAAAAUGGAUAGCAGCAAUCUUGCAGUAAUAUUCGCACCAAAUCUUCUUCAGACAAGUGAAGGCCAUGAGAAGAUGUCUGCUAACACAGAGAAAAAGCUACGAUUGCAGGCAGCUGUAGUACAGACUCUCAUUGAUUGUGCAUCGGAUAUUGGGCGUGUGCCAGAUUUUAUCCUGGAAAAGAUACCGGCCAUGUUAGGUAUUGAUGGUCUAUGUAAUACUCCAUCCCUGGAAGGCUUUGAAGAAGGAGAAUAUGAAACUCCAGGUGAAUGUAAGAGAAAAAGAAGACAAAGUGUUGGAGAUUUUGUUAAUGGAGCCCUAAAUAAAUUUAAAUCUAGCAGAACACCGUCUGUUACACCUCAACAAGAUAGAACUGCCCAGGCCUCUGUAUCACCAUUGAUUCUCACACCAAGUAUUAAACGUAAACUGCCAGGAGAGUCUUCUCAUGCCUUCUCAAGUAAGAAAAGGAAGUCCAUCAAACACAACUUGAACUUUGAACUGUUGCCAAGUCAUCUCUUCAGCAGCAAUUCUACACCAGUAUCAGUUCACUUUGAUACAAGCCCAGAAGGGUCAUCUCAGAAUUCGUUCUCACCUAUCAUCAUGAGUGGAAACCACUUGAUCAAUACAGGCCUAAGGCGAAGUAAAAGGAUUGCGAGCAAAAAAGUUUAUAGGGUAGAAUCAGGAAAAGCAGGCUGCUUCUCUCCUAAAGUAAGUCGUAAAGAAAAGGUCCGAAGAUCUCUUCGUCUGAAAUUUAGUCUGGGAAAAAACAGAGAUUCAAAUGGAUGUUCUGUCACCAAUAGAUAUGAAAAUGUUGGUCGACGACUAGCGAAUCAACAAAAUCUAAAAAAUAGGAUUGAAUCUGUAAAAACAGGUCUGCUUUUUAGCCCAGAUACUGAUGAAGGAUUGCUAAAGAAAGAUGCAGAAAAGAUGAGCAAAUCUGAGGAACACUUACUAACUCCAGAUGGACUAGCUGGAACAGGUUAUAGGAUGUCUUGGACAGAACCCGGUAAUUCAAGUUUUCAAGACAUGGGUGCAAAUGGAGCUUCUCCAGUCAUGAGAAAUCUUGAGGUGAAGCACUUUUCUUUGGAGUCCGAUGUUACUGUUGAAAACUCACCGGCUGUGUCAUGUGAGCUCAGACUGUCGACCUUCCCCAGCCAAUCUGACAGCAGUGUGCUUGGGACUUCCCUCAGUGGGGAUGAAGGUAACCUGACCUCUGAGACCUUGCUGAAGAUUCAAAAAGCGUUUUCCGAAUCGGGGAGUGAUCUUAAUACCCUGAUAAGUCAUGGGCAGUCGUCAGUAACAAAUAUAGGGGAAGAAAGUGGAGCCAGUGAUGUGACUGUGAGAGAAUCAAGAGAAUCAAAGGAGAAUGUUGGGAGCUACACCGAGAAAGAUGAGAACUGUGUUCCAGAAAGAGAUUUCUCAUUGUAUCAAAGUCCAAAAUGUGGUGGAGAAGCAAGCAUGAAGGUGGAAUAUGAAGAAGAUAUCCAUUCACAAGUUCCAAAAGCUGACUUAAUCCAGCAAGAGUUCCCCAGUGAGGAACAAACAAAAGGACCUCAGUCCCCAAGGAACCAACUGAAUAGUCAGUCAGCCGGGAAGGAGACUGUGGCAGAGGAGAACUCCGUAGGAUGUGAAGCCCCUGGGGAAGAUGAGGCUCACUCUUCUUUAGAGCAGAGUACAUGCAGUGUGGUAGUCCUUCCAAAACCUCAGCCCCAGAGGCUGGCUAAGCAUCAGUCAGUUUCUGAAAAGUGUGAUGAUGCAGUUCCUGGAGGUUUACAAACGACGGAGCAUGGAAAGGUUUCUGAUCACAUACAAUGGUUUAAUAAACUUUCCCUAAAUGAACCAAACAGAACAAAAGUGAAGUCACCUCUAAAAUUUCAGCGUACUCCUGUCCGCCAAUCUGUCAGAAGAAUCAAUUCUUUGUUGGAGUAUGGCAGGCAGCCUGUGAGGCAGAAGUUGUCAAUCCUUGGUGAUGCAGCUUCUCCUCUGGUAAAAUCAGUCAGCUGUGAUGGUGCUCUUCCCUCUUGUGUAGAAAGUACAUCAAAAGAUUCCUCUGUUUCAUGUACUAAAUUAGGUCGUGAAGCACAGAAGUCUAUGUCAUUCGAUAAGUCAAGUAAUGCAAUUUCAAAAUCCAGUGUUGAAUUAACUUCUAAAUCUUUCUCAAAAGUGAAGACAUAUCCAGAUACUCUGCAUGCUUCUCUUGGAACUACUAGACUUUGUAAACAGGAGAGCAAAUCUGAUGGUCAAAUUAAGUUUCCCUUGGAUGAUCUCACUAAUCAUGAUAGAUUAAAAUUUGUUGUAAAUAAUAAUACGGCCUUUUCUUGUGAAGUAAAAAGAAGAGUUCUUAGGAAACCACCAGAAAAAGAAAGGGUCUGGUACAAAGGUUCUCCCAAAAAUCCUAUUGGAAAAACUCAACUACUACCAACAAGUAAACCUGUAGACUUGUAACUGACAAAUGUAGUGUUUGUCCUUAGUGUAAAUAGUUAGCAAUUGGUGGGAUGACUUGCAGGAUAAUUGUGUGCUGUGUGUGCCUAAGGAUGCUUGUUAAGCCGGUUUUCUCUGAAGCAAUCUCACUGCUGGAACAAUUUGGUUUUCAUACUUGUACAUAGGGCUACUUUGUCUUUGUUACAGAAACAUUUAAACUUUAUUGUGAUUUCUUGAAGCAAAGGUUAUAACUAAAUUUUAAAAGAAAUUGUUGGCUAGAUUUAUUUAAGUGGGGGGGGGGUCAUGAUUUUUGUUUUGUAUGCCUAAUAGGAAGUUGUGCUUGUUUUUGGUUAUUCCUCCAACCAAGUCAGAAAUAUUGUCCAUUGUAAAUCUGCUAUGUAAAGGGAUUGGGUAGUCCCUGCAAAUCUUAUGUCUUGAAUUAUAUUCAUGUUUGUUGUCUAAAUCCUAAAAGUUGAUUUGCUUCUACUCCUGCUUAGGGAGAGGAAUUUGGUUAGUGUCUCCUGUAGGUGUAUACAUAUACAAGGUUUCACUUGAAUUUUGAGGUAAGGGCAGUGAUUAAAUCAGAAUGAUGACUAAGUUGCAUUCAUACAUCAUGGUAUUGAAGUAAUUUAUUAAUUUUAAGCCAUACUUCAUUUUGAAGGUAAUUUUGGUCUAUUUUGUCCAAUAUGAAAAUGAAAUUUUUAAGGAGGAAUAAUUAAACUUGAAAAUUUUAAUCAAGGUUUUUAUCCUAUGAAGAGGGUUGAUUUUAGAAUUUGAAUUGUUAAUGAACCUCUAUACAUUAUGCUUAGAUAGUUUAUCUGAUAGUUUAUCCUGUGUUUAAAUGUUAUUUAUUUAGCAUACACAUUAAAUGUAACUUCUGGAAAA